AAUUAGAAAUAGCCCUCACACAGAUGAAGACAGACAGUGUUGUGUCAUUAGCCCAUGCAGCUUUACAGCAGACUUUCACCAAGUAUGUGGCAGAUAAAGGGCCAUUCAGCAUAAACUCUGCAGGUCCCGCCUACAGGCUGUGGGGCUGCUGACUGCGGACACUUGAUCGCAGACACUUAGUGGACGAGCCGCGCCCGUCGCUGUUGCUCCUGCUCUUCUUUCUUCACGCCGGACAAGCCGUUCAUUUAACCCGCUGCGAGGAUGAGCGUUGCGGUGGCGGAGGGCUGUUUUCUGUCCGCUCUGCAGCCCAACACCUCCUGCACCGCAUAUGUGCUUCCCUCGGACGGCCCGUCUCCGGACCCGGUGGCUAAAGCCAGGAGGGUCCGGGAGCAGGUCCGGAUGCGCCUGGCUGAGAACAAGUCCUCCUCCCUGCCCAGACUGGACGACUCGCUGCUCGGAGCAACAGACUACAACCCUCCUGAGACAAAGAGCUUUACCCACACCCAUGGUUUCAGUUCCAGGUCUAUGAUACACACGCCCAGCCGCAUCAUGGCCGUGCCCACAGUGCCCCUUCACUCCUCUGGUUUCUCCUCUCGCUCUGCUGUGGAAACCGCUUCCAAGUUGAGGCAUAAAGGAACCAGCAUGGUCCAGAGCAGCUUCCACACCUCCCAGACACACAGCAGAAGCAGACGCUCUAAGUCACUGUGCCAGGCAGACCAGGAGGCAGUCCCUCUUAGUGUGCCGAUCCCUUCAGAAAAAGCCUCCUUCCCAAUCAGCGUGCCCCCCCCUGGAAACCUAAGGCGCAGCCUCAGUGGCACACUGGCCCAGGAUAGAGGCUACUGGCAGCAGGCAGAGGAGCUGCCCUAUCAGUACACCUACAAAGGUCCUUCCCACCGCACCAUCAGCCGUAUUACCAACCGACAGCAGCACUACCAGCAGCAGGGCUCUGCCUUUGUUCAGGAGGGCUGGAUGGGGACGGGCAGGGGUGUCCCCAUGGCAGGGGACGCCUGGGCGACACAGUGGCAACAGCAUUUGUCAAGGGCCAACCAUGUCAUGGGUACAGCGCAGAACCAAGCCCCCAUACACCGGGCCGCCUCGCUACACAGCGUGAGGAGUGUUGGGAAAGGAGUGGAUAUCUUGGAUGGAGCUUCGAUACACAGCAACGACCCACUGGGAGACAUGCAGGGUCUGGACAUGGCUACAGCUGUGAGAUAUCUGUCUGAGUUAGACACUACCUUGCAAAUUCUGGGAGCUGCUUACAUACAACACCAGUGUUACCACAGCAACAAUGCCAAAAACGAGGUCCGUGUUCUGCAUGGCAUUCCAGCUCUGGUUCUGCUUUUCUCUAGCGACAACCGAGCAGUGCAGCGUUACGCCACCGGCGCCACACGCAACCUCAUCUACGAAAGCGGUGACAACAAGGUGGCGCUCGUAGAUGCUGGUGGAGUGUUGCAUCUUGUCAAAAUUCUUAGCGAACCUGAUGAGGAACUUCGAAAGACCAUCACAGGUGUCCUGUGGAAUCUGUCCUCCAGAGACAACCUGAAGGAGAAGCUGUCCAAAGAAGCUUUAUCUGAGCUGACGGAGAAAAUCCUGAUUCCUCUGUGCAACAACAUCCCACUAAGCCCAUCUGAGAGGGACAUCUUCUACAACACCACCGGCUGCCUCAGAAACUUGAGCUCAGUGAACGAGAGGACGAGGCAGAAAAUGAGAGAUAUGCGAGGCCUGGUGGACUCUCUGGUGUCCUACAUUCAGCAAGAGGAGAAGGCAGAUGACAAGGGUUUGGAGAAUUCAUUGUGUGUGAUGAGGAAUCUGUCCUACCAGCUGUACACUGAGCUUCCUCCCUCAGUUCGGCUCCGUCUGGAGGGCCCAACAAGAGCCUCUACUUUCAAAGACAGUGAACCCAUUGGCUGCUUUACAAUGUAUAGCAAAAAGGACACUGAGCGUAAUCAGAAUCUGUCCAUACUGUCUGAGGUGUCCCGACAGCCGAAGGGGGCUGAAUGGCUUUGGCAUCCUAAUGUGGUGGUGCUGUACAAGCAAGUUCUGCAAAACAGCGACAGCAACUCCACCAGUCGUGAGGCUGCCAUAGGAGCUCUGCAAAAUAUCACUGCAGGAGAUGCCAGGUGGUCGUCAGUGCUGAGUAGUGUGGUGAUGGAGCAGGAGAGGAUGCUGCCCAUCCUGCUGGAUCUGUUAGACACAAACAGUGAUGUAGAGCUGCGGUCUCUGACCGGUCUGCUGAGAAAUCUGUCCAGACACGCCUCCAACAAAGAUCGCAUGGCUACAAACAUGGUAAAAGUUCUGGUGUCAAAGCUGCCCAGUGAUGGCCUUCAGAAAACGCCAUCCAGCGAGGUUGUGGUGAAUAUCUGUGGAGCCCUCAACCACCUGGUCACAUGCAGUUCCUUGGCCGCCCGUGACAUCUCGUACUUCAACGGCCUGCCGAAACUGGUGGGCAUCAAGACAUCACAUGAUAACAGCCCUGGGAGUUUUAAAGCUGCCAGAUCAGCCUCAACUGUCCUCUGCAACAUGUUCCAGUACAACAAACUACACAAGGACUACAAACUGAAAGGAUUUGCCAGACGAGACUUCACAGACGUCACCAUCUAGGCUGCAGCGUGUUACAUGAGUCAGUCGGAGCUGUUGACCUCAGGAUCCAGUGGCUGGGAGGAAGAGAAGAACAACAACAGAAGGAUUAAAUGAGCAGAUUAUCUAACCGUAAGGGAAAAAUGAAUUGGAGGCAAAGGAAUGAUGGACUUCAAGUUUGUCCUCUUUCCUCUGCUUGUGUGUUUAACUUGGCUCAGCUUGUAGCAGAUCCAUAGUGGACUUCACUCCCAAAGCUACCAAACGUUCCUUGUGUGUAUUAGGGUCUGACUGAUUUCACUGACACUGCUUCCAGUUAUUCUGGACUCAGGACUGGACUUUCCUGAUGCUAAUAGCUGAUACAUGAUGCCCGUGGUAGAUAGAUAAGUAGUUUGGUCCAGAGAAUCAGGCCAGUGAAGCAGCUACAGUUUGUCAGAGCUGUGGACCGACAGCCUCCUUCCCCCCUGCUUUUAGCCUGAUGGCCUGAUUUCUGCCUGUAAUGGUGCAGACCGUCACUGCACAGGAGGAAGAGAACCAGACAAAGAGAAAAGCUGAGUGCAUUAAAUGGAGAAAAGCCCUGCGGCCAAAUGCUGCAAAAUGACAGACAUUUUCAUAAGUCAUGUUUAAAAAAAUAUCUGCCCCUCAGCUUGUGUUUACAUCACAGCUACCCUUCCUGAGCUGAUUCUCUGUGUUAAAAACUGGUAAAUGGCACUUAACCAUGCUGUGUAGAAAAGCAGAGGCUGUAUUUGCAUGGGAAUAAUGUAGAAAAUAAAGAGCUGUGUACUCCUUUCUGUCAGGGGGAAUAUCUCUAAUCACUCAGAGCUACUAGAGCUUCAUAAUGAUGAACAUUAAUGCAGUCAGACCUCUGAGGGAACACCAGAUGCCUAACAAACAAAAUUAUAUGCAUUAAUACUUACACCUGUAUCCUUAAUUAUGGAAGUGCAACUGACUAAUUCUUAAAACUGGGAGACACUUGCUGUCACUGUUUUUUUUUUUAAGUUGUUUUUGUUUGUAGUAAUAAAACUAAAUGUUUUAUUGUACGUGUGUGUGGUCUGUUGUGAACAAGACAUCCAGGACUGACGUUAGAUUCCCAGCUUGAACUAUGUGCCAGUCUGGUCCUGACUCUGGUGAUUAUUGCCAGUUUGAGGAAAACAAAUAUUUUUUGAACAUAGACCUAAAUGGUUCAUUUUGUAUUUUUUCAACUUAAUCUUAAUAAAUAGGCUUCGUUCAGCUGUC